AUGGGCCUUUCCCAGGGCAUUACGGCGCCAUUGCCCCAGCAAUUCCACUCUCUGGGCGCCGUGUCGCGAGUCAGUGUCAUCUUAGGCGUCAUCGUGCUCCUCGCCGUCGCACUCAACGUCGCCUCUCAGUUACUCUUCAAGAACCCACGCGAGCCCCCUUUAGUCUUCCACUGGUUUCCCUUCAUUGGUAGCACCAUCGCCUACGGUAUAGAUCCCCCAGCCUUCUUUCAGCAGAACCGGGACAAGCACGGUGAUGUCUUUACUUUCAUUCUCUUGGGCAAGAAGACGACUGUCUGCAUCGGUCCUCAGGGCAAUGAUUUCAUCUUGAACGGCAAGAUUCGUGAUGUUUGCGCCGAAGAUAUCUACACUGUCCUGACUACUCCCGUUUUUGGCAAGGAUGUUGUCUACGACUGUCCCAAUGCCAAGCUGAUGGAACAGAAGAAGUUCAUGAAAGUUGCCCUGACAACCGAGGCCUUCCGCUCCUACGUCCCAAUCAUUUCCUACGAGGUCGCCAACUACUUCAAGAAGUGCCAGGAUUUUAAGGCAAAAUCCGGCAUCAUUAAUAUCCCCCCCAAGAUGGCUGAGGUUACGAUUUUCACCGCGUCACAUACUCUGCAGGGCGCCGAAAUCCGGAAUAAGUUCAACGAAUCUCUCGCUGCUCUAUAUCACGAUUUAGACAUGGGCUUCUCCCCGAUCAACUUCAUGCUACACUGGGCACCCCUACCCUGGAACAGGAAGCGCGAUCACGCCCAGCGCACCGUUGCCCAGAUUUAUAUAAACAGCAUAAACGAGCGCCGCGCCAAUUGCCAGACUGGCGGCCUGGAUAUCAUGACCCAUCUGAUGAACUCGACCUACAAGGACGGUACCCGGGUCCCUGAUCACGAGGUUGCCCAUAUGAUGAUUGCCCUCCUCAUGGCCGGCCAGCACUCCUCCUCCUCCAUCGGCUCCUGGAUCAUGCUGCGCCUUGCCCAGAACCCCGCCAUCAUGGAGGAGCUCUACCAGGAGCAGGUGCGCGUUUUCGGCACUGAUCUGCCGCCCCUCGCGUACGAGGACCUUGCCAAGCUUCCCCUAAACCAUGCCAUUAUCAAGGAGACCCUUCGUCUACACGCGCCCCUCCAUUCUAUUAUGCGCGCUGUCAAGCACCCUAUAGCCGUUCCUGGCACUCAAUAUGUCAUCCCGACUACUCAUAAUCUCCUAGCCGCCCCCGUUUUCUCUGCCUCCGACCCAACCUACUUUCCCAACCCAUCCUUGUGGGAUCCUCACCGUUGGGAGGCUGGCUCCCCAAACGCCCCCAUGAUUGUUUGCAGCAAUGCUGAAGAGGAAAGGGUCGAUUACGGCUAUGGCCUGGUCAGCAAGGGGACCGCCUCCCCUUACCUACCCUUCGGUGCUGGCAGGCAUCGAUGCAUCGGCGAGCAGUUCGCCAACGUACAGCUGCAGACCAUUACCGCCCAGAUCGUCAGGUUAUUCAAGUUCAGAAACACCGAUGGGAGCGAUAAGCUCGUUGGCACUGACUACGCCUCGCUCUUCUCGCGGCCUCUCGAGCCGGCGAACAUCUAUUGGGAGAGACGUUGA